AUGAGCCCGAAGCCUUCGCUCUCCCUAUGGGAGUAUGCGACACUACCCAUAGCUAUCAGUCGCAUAAUAUAUACGUUGGUUGGCGCCUGCUUCAGGGCCCCUUUCCGAGAAAGCAGUGGUGCACCAACCUUCAAAAGAUAUGUUCUUUAUGCUGGAAUGAGAGCGGUUGUUGAAAAUAUGACCAUUCGUCAGUUCCAGGCAAUCAACCCUUCCACAACUGAGGCUUAUGAGACCGUGGCGAAAAGAAAGAGGUUUAGAUCAGAUAUCGUAAAAUUGCCCGACGGAUCUCUUGGCUGUUGGGUUGGGGAUAGAAAUGCCGAGACUAUUCUCGUCUGGUUUCACGGGGGCGGAUUUGCUUACAUGGCUAGCACGGCACAUGUGGAAUUCCUCCUUGAUGUGGUCGCGCAGGCUUCUAAACAUGGCCUUAGUUUGGCUGUUUUCCUUCUCCAGCACGAUGUCGCUCCACAGGCACAAUAUCCACGACAGUUAGAACAAGCUGUCACCACAAUAAGAUACCUUACUGAAGAUUUUGGGAAGUCUUAUUCACAAUUAUUGAUAGGGGGCGACUCCGCCGGAGGAAAUCUCACGAUAGGAUUGUUAUCGCAUUUGUCCCAUCCUCACCCCACAAUACCCGCUUUGAACAGCCAUGGAUGGAAUAUAAAAGGAGCCAUCUUGCUUUCUCCAUGGGUAUCACUUCUUGAUCUCGACUCACAGUCAUUUCGGGAAAACCGACCCAAAGAUGGACUAAGUGGUCCAGGACUGAAGGCUUGGGCCAACGCCUUCAUGAAACCCGCUCAAAGGGAUAAUUAUAACUGCCCUCUCUAUGCUACCUCGGAAUGGUGGCGGGAUGUUCGAGCGGAAAGCAUUCUCGUGUUAGCAGGAGAAAAUGAGAUUCUCGUAGAUCAAAUUCGACAAUUCGCGGAGAAGUUGAAGGAGCAUAACGAGGAAGAAGUUGACAUACUGAUCUCUCCCGGAGAAGCGCAUAACCCCCCGGUUGACGAGCGCCAGCUUGGUAUACAUGGGCAGAAUGGUAUGAUGGAAAAUAAGUUGUGCCAAUGGAUAUUAGAUCGCACUUGA